AUGGCCAUUGUCAAGGCAGGUGUGAUGGGAGGAUCAUAUGCAAAUACCCAUAUUAAAUUGCCUUACUCUCUGCAAGCUUUGGGAAUAGAUAUAAUUAUUUGUUUUGGAAUUAGGUUGGGACAUAAAAGGGUGCAAGUUGGCUCUUCAAAUAGCAUAGUAUCUGCAAAGGAUAAUUUUAAUGUCAUUAUAUUGUUCCUUGGAUUUAUUUUCCCUGUUGGUCGUAUAAUGUUUCCAGAUGGAGCAGGGCAAUAUAUUAAAAAACUUAGUCAAUACAUUUCAAUAAAUGGAGCCUAUAUUGCAACUUAUUUCCUUGAAGUGGGUAGAUUACUUCUCCCUGGUGGAUAUUUAGUCAUCUCUGGCCUUCCUGUUCAGUGGCCUAAACAAGAUAAAGAAUGGUCCGAUCUCCAGCCAGAGAGGACAAGAGUUUGUAAUGGCAUUGAGAUCAUAAUUAAUCCUUCUCUUAUGUUUCUUGAUGAAACAACUUCUGGUUUGGAUUCUACAACAGCCCUGAGGAAAGUUCAGAUGCUACAUGAUAUAGCAGCGACUGAUAAAAGCGUAGUGACAACAAUCCAUCAUCCAUCAAGCAGAAUCUUCCAUAAAUUUGAUAAGUUGAUCCUUCUAGGAAGAAGGAGCUUGCUUUGCUUUGGAAAAGCAUCUGAAGCAAUGGACUACUUCCAAUUUAUUGGGUGCACACCUCUUAGUGCCAUGAAUCGAACAAAGUUUUUAUUAUACUUGGCAAAUGGCAACAUAAAUGAUGCUUCUGUUCCAUCAGAGUUAAAGGUUAAAAUGCAAGUGGGAAAUGCAGAAGGUGAAACACGGAAUGGGAAACCAUCAAUUGCAAUUGUACAAGAGUAUUUGGUAGAGGCAUAUGAGACUAGAGUUGCAGAAAUAGAGAAGAAAAUUUUUGAACCAUUGUUUGGUUUAGGAGAUACUCUCAUAGAAGUCCUUGGAUUUUUUUUGGUUUCAAAUAGCAUCUAGGGGUCAAGAGUCUCUGGGAAGGUUUGUAUCUAGAAGAUUCUUCUUGGAAAUCAUUGGAGGAACUUUUAGGCUCUCAACCGGAAUUCCACCUUGAGGACAAGGUGUUUCUCAAAGAGAAAGGGAUGAUACACAUGGCUUUACUGAACUGGGCCAACCAGAGGAGGAGACUGAUCAAGUGGUUAUUGGGCUGAAGCAACAUCAGUUAAGUCAUCAUAUCAGUCCCAAGACCAGGUGGACUAAGAGGAAUAGAUCCCAACCCAAGUGGAUGAGUUAUUUUUAUCAUAUAAGCAGUGUGCGUGUGAGAGCAAUGCCUUAUUAGGCUGUUAGGUGGUUAUGCUUUUGUGUAUUUGUUUCUGUUAUUAGAAUUUGUUAUGAGAUUAUGAGGUGUUGCUUUAGCUUGCCUUUUAGUUACUGAUAGUAACUUUGCUGUAUAGAGACCCGAUUUUACAAUGAAUGAGCAAGGAAUA